GAAAAGGAAAGCUCAACACCGCGAUAACGCACCCAUAAGAGCGUUGACUUCUCUCUUCGCAAAAAACAGAAAAAUAUAUUUCUGCCAACCGCGAAAGGAAGUAGACGGUGAAACCCAUGAGCGCCAUCGGGGGCAACAACGAUGCCUUCAGCGCAGGCGGCGCCAACGGCUUCACCGCACCUGCUGACAGCGCACGCAUCACGAAGGAACUCCUUCAGGAGAUCCGUCGUGGCGAUGCGGCGAUGGCGGACGACUUAGUGGCCUUGGCGCCGCGCAGUGGGCGCGCGUUUCGGGCUGCCGGUGCUUCCGCAGGCGCCAAGAUGCAGGACGGUUUUGCAACCAACUCAACGGCGGCUGCGGUUGCCGCAAGGGCCUCGUCACCGUCAGCGACGGUCGGCGCUGGCGGCUUCUCGAUCAGCGUCAACGACAAGCUGACGGCGAGCGACUUCGUGAAACAAAAGCGCGAGGUCGGCCUGGUACGCAUGUCGCUCGCUACGAAGAAGGCGGAGAUUCGCAAGUUGGACGAGAAGGUCGAUCGUGCCGAGAAGCGACUGCGCCAACAGCAGGAGCAGCUCACCAACACCCAAGAGAAGUUCAACAGCUUUUUGAAGUUUAGCAAUCUUGAGCAGGACGCCGCGGUGCGCAAGGCGGACGAUGAAACUCGCGCGAAGCACGCGAAGACGAUCGAGAUCAAGCGCUUGUCGGCGCUCAUCAACCACGCCGAGCUGGAGACGCGCAAGACGCGCCUGCAAGUUGACAACUGCGCAUCGUACAAAGAGUUCUUAGAAGGACUGGUGAAAUCGCAAUGGUUUUACGAUGUUCUGAUCAGCCUGCGCAGCGAGGACAAGCGAGAAGAAAUCUUGCUGAGCGCGGAGACCACCUACCAGAUGCGCUGCGAGGAGCUCAGGAAGGCCUCUGAGGAGCGGGAUGCGGUGCGGCGCGCGGCGAAGGAGCUCGAAGAGCGCGAGAGACGCCGCAGAUCCUCGAUGAAGAAACCGAGUCGGACUGUUUCCAUAGCAUCUACGCAGCUGCUACGAUCGCUUAGCAUUGGCACGAAGCUAAGCAUCUGCACCGUAGCCCCAGACGAGGAAGGCGCAGGGGAGCUCUCACUGGAACAGGAGAUGGCAAACCUGCACGACAGCAUGGAGGAUCAGGCGCGGUCCGCGAUCGCUGCGGCGGAGACUGCCAUCCGUACCGAGGUCAGCGCGAUGCCGCUUUCUGCCGUCAAGGAAGCCCUGCACCGCGAGUACGAUGAGAAUCGCCUGCCCAUGUGCUUUGAGACUGUCGACGAUCUGCUGGAGGUUUUCAUCAACGUCGAGGAGGGCAACCUGUUUCUUAUCCAGAACUGCCAGGAGCUGGAGGAGGAGCUCGAGGGCAUUUCGCUUGGCUUCGCGGAGGAGAAGGCUGAGAUGAGCGCGAUGGUGUCACAACGGACGGCGCAGUUGGUGGUGCUGGAGAAGAACAUCGCCGAGGCGCGUGAGAAGUUGAAGGCGUUGGAUGCGCGCAUUACAAGCGUGGAGCCGCGCAGCAGCCGCAACGGCGACGGGGCAGCGACAAGAUCCUUCUCUGGCGCCCACGACGCUUCAGGACGCACCGCCUCCUUCACUGGAGGUGCUAGUGGCGGCACUGCGGCUGCUCAAAAUGAACGCGUGGAUUUGACGCCCGAGGAGCUGAAGGUCCGCAUCGAAGUCUCCAUUGGGCACAUGUUCCAGCUGCUCACCACAGGGGAUCAAGUCAUCAAGGCCGGUGCGACGAAGAAGGACGCGGCCAACGCGGAGACAUUCCACGGCACCAAUCACGGCUCACCGCUGACGGCCAGCGGGGUGGCGAAGGGGACAGGCAAAAACGCCGAUGGCGCUUCCGGGGCCCUCUUCAAGGGAUCGGUUCGUCGAAGCGAGUCUCCGGCAGGCGGCGGUGUUGGCGCCGCGCCAAGCGCUUCCCGGCGUCGGACCACCUCAAAGAAAAAAGGCAAGGCGUCCGUCGGUGCGCGUGCACAGCAGCCGCACCAGCACCAGCAGCAGCACCAGGACGAUGCCUCUAUGGGGCCGGUGGAGAUGCUGACGAUUGUGGAGAACAAGCUGGAGGAGUACCACCGUUACCUCCUCGAUCCAUCCAACCACAUCGACGCUUCCCUGAUUCAGGCGGUGAUGAAGCAGAGCGACAAGCAGCGCCGCCGACAGGCCCGACUGGUGCACUUGGCGAACCAGGAGCAGGCGCAGGAGGAGCGCAUCCGGCGUGCCUUGGAGCGCUCGCAAGCCCCGAUUGCACACCGCACCGGUAAGCCUGUUAGGCCGCGCUCGCACGUGGAGAAGCCGGUGGAUGAGAAGAUGUUGCGCAAAGCGGAGCGGGCGGCUGCGGCGUUGGAGGGCUCCGGCACGAGCUUUGACUCGGACGAGGACGGCGCGGAGUUCUUCAAGUAA